CAGUGGUUGUUUUCCUACUGGUGUGAGGUGCAUUGGGCCCGCCCAUUUUCGCCCUGGCUGUAGACUGGGUGUCAGUGAGUCGGUGAGCGCUGCAAGGUGCGGCGCUAUGGAGCUGAGAAGCUGGAGUCUUGAUGGUAAGGAGAGGCCAUCCAACGCCCAAUGAAUGUAGAUUUGCCAUGGCUUUGAACGCUUGCAUCACACCUUGAAAUUACCACACUGAUACAUCGGAAAGCCAUGGCGCUCUUUACUCCAUGGAAGCUUUCCUCUCAGAAGCUCGGUUUCUUCCUGGUGACUUUUGGUUUCAUUUGGGGUAUGAUGUUAUUGCAUUUUACAAUACAGCAGCGGACUCAGCACGAGAGCAGCACAAUGCUCCGCGAGCAGAUUCUAGAUCUCAGCAAGAAAUACAUCAAAGCUCUGGCAGAGGAAAAUCAGAACGUAGUAGACGGACCAUAUGUCGGGACAAUGACUGCGUAUGAUCUAAAGAAAACCCUGGCGGUUCUGCUGGAUAAUAUUUUACAACGCAUUGGGAAACUAGAGUCUAAAGUGGAUAGUCUGGUGAUUAAUGGUACAGGGUCGAAUUCCACAAACGGUACCACGACUGCUAUCCCCAGCAUUGGAGCUGGGGAUAAACUUAACGUAGCAGAUCUAAUUAAUGGGGCCCAGGAACAGUGUGAAUUGCCUCCCAUGGACGGCUACCCUCACUGUGAGGGUAAAGUAAAGUGGAUGAAAGACAUGUGGCGAUCAGAUGUAUGCUACUCAAACUAUGGCGUAGACGGAUCCACUUGCUCCUUUUUUAUUUACCUCAGUGAGGUUGAAAACUGGUGUCCUCGUCUGCUGUGGAGAAUUGUUAAUAACAAUGAGGAAGCUGAUAAAAGAACUAUGGCCGAAAUCCGUACCGAUUUUGAGCAUCUCUAUAAAGUAAUGUCGCGGCACGAAGAGUUUCGAUGGAUGACUAUGCGAAUAAAGAGAAUGGACAAUACAUGGAUUGAAGCAAUCAAAUCCCUUGCAGACAAGCAAAAUCUAGAGAAGCGGAAAAGAAAAAAGAUCCUUGUUCAUCUGGGGCUAUUGACAAAGGAAUCAGGAUUCAAGAUUGCCGAAAAUGCGUUCAGCGGGGGCCCGCUUGGAGAAUUAGUCCAGUGGAGUGACUUAAUCACAUCUCUUUACUUACUGGGCCAUGAUGUAAGGAUUUCAGCUUCAAUAGCCGAGCUGAAAGAAAUAAUGAAGAAGGUGGUCGGAAACCGCUCUGGCUGUCCAACGCAAGGAGAUAAAGUUGUAGAACUUAUAUACAUUGACAUUGUAGGACUCGCUCAAUUUAAAAAGACACUUGGUCCUUCUUGGGUUCAUUACCAGUGCAUGUUACGAGUCUUGGAUUCAUUUGGAACUGAACCAGAGUUUAAUCACGCACAUUACGCUCAAUCUAAAGGCCAUAAGACUCCGUGGGGGAAAUGGAAUUUAAACCCACAACAAUUCUACACGAUGUUUCCCCACACUCCUGAUAACAGCUUUCUGGGGUUUGUGGUGGAGCAACAUCUAAAUACAAGUGACAUCCGACACAUGAAUGACAUCAAAAGGCAGAACCAAUCACUUGUUUAUGGAAAGGUUGACAACUUCUGGAAGGACAAGAGUGGGUAUUUGGAUAAAAUACACACCUACAUGGAGGUUCACGGCACUGUGCAUGAGAAGGGGACAGUCCAUAUGCCGAAUUAUGUUAAGAACCAUGGCAUCCUCAGCGGACGGGACCUGCAAUUUCUUCUCCGAGAAACUAAACUCUUUGUAGGUCUGGGAUUUCCAUAUGAAGGACCCGCUCCCCUGGAAGCUAUUGCCAAUGGCUGUGCUUUCUUGAACCCCAAAUUCAACCCACCGAAGAGUAGCAGGAACACAGAAUUCUUUAAAGGCAAACCAACUCUGCGAGAGCUUACAUCACAGCAUCCGUACGCCGAAGUCUACAUCGGUAAACCGUACGUCUGGACUGUUGAUAUCAACAACCACGAAGAAGUUGAGAAAGCUGUGAAAGCAAUUUUAAGUCAGAAGAAUGAACCAUACCUACCCUACGAAUUCACGUGCGAGGGAAUGCUGCAGAGAGUGAGUGGCUUAAUCGAAAAACAGGACUUCUGUCACGGGCAAGUAAUGUGGCCGCCUUUAAGUGCAUUACAAGUAAAAUUUGCCGAGGCUGGAAGGUCGUGUAAACAGGUUUGCCAGGAAAACCAGCUGAUAUGUGAACCUUCUUAUUUUCAGCACCUUAACAAGGACAAAGACCUGGCAAAAUUUGGAAUCCAGUGCCAGACAACCGAAACCGUGAAUGAGAUUGUGGUCCCAUCAGUAGACGAAAAGAAAAAACAUUGCUUUCUCCAAGGAGAUCUCCUCCUUUUCAGUUGUGCGGGACAUCAUUCCAUCCAUAAAAGGAUUUGUCCUUGCAGAGACUAUAUGAAAGGACAGGUAGCACUCUGCAAAGAUUGUCUAUAGCAUUCACCCCUUGGUUCCUUUUUAUAAGCUAAAUAAGCAGAUAAGCAAAGAGAAACCCCCUUGUGGGAUUUUGCACUUUCUGUCCAUUGAUGUGCAGUGCUACAUGGGAAAGAAAUCAGUUUGUUGCAGUCUUCUUAAUUUUCCAAGGAGUGUGUCUGCAACAUGCACAUGAGAAUGCGCGUGAACUUGGCAUCUGGCUUUGAAAGCCUUGCAAGAAGACGUUCCGAGGUUCUCUUUAUUGAACACUAUGCGCUCCUGCAAAUAUGGAGAAGCAGUGCUACCUGGUUUAACUUAAGAGAUUUGAAAAGCAGAGGAAAACAUUAGUUUGUUGGUUUGGCUACACGUAGGCACACCUGAACCCAGGAAGUAAUCGCAGAUCUCCGCACCAGAUGGUCAUGUCAUGUGAUCACAACCGGCUUGUUGGUUUGUGCUACAAAGCAUGACUAAUCUGAAUCUUCUACAAGAUAAUCCUCUGAUAACUCGCUACGCAGCGUUCUUAUAUUUUGUAGGCAAUUUAAAAAGGUGAUAUUACAGCAAGAUCAUACCUUCCACAUUAGGCUGCCAAAAAGAGAUUCCGCUGCACGGAUUUUGUGAAACGGUUUACAUUUAAUAUGAACAGUUUGUGAUUCCCUUGCAGUUUGUUAAAAAUAUAUUAGAAUUGUUCCCUUUCUCUCGCCCUUCAUUUAAGGGGGAGCAAAAGAGACACAGCAUUGUUUCCUGAAUACUUGUGACAAGCUUGAAAGCAAACUUAAAACAAAUAUUUCAUUGUGUAAUAAUUGUGAAUUCCACCAUACGUAGUGAAGGGCUGUAGUCUAAGGGUAACGCUUAACGAAAAUUACAGUGAUAGAUAUGUAUACAUGGGUCUCCUUUAUUUUUCUAGGCAUGCCUGUAAUGUAUAUAUUUAACAUACGUGGAGUAUUUUUCUCUAGCAAUUAAGGCUGGAAGAGUGUAAAUCAUUUUUACCUUUGUAAUUAUUUCUUUGGCUAGAAGGUCAAUGCAGGUUCUAAUUUUUGUGAAUCUAGAGAAAAAAAUCUGCAUAUCUAAAAUAAUUAAAUGUAGAAAAUUAAAUUACAUGCUUUUUAUAUCUUAGAUCAGAAAUCGUAUCGGUGAUUGCAGCAUCUUUCAAAGAAUUAAUGAUUAAUAUGUCCAAUGUGAUUCCUAAGUUGUAUUUUUUGUUUUGUAUCUUUUUUUUUUUUUUUUUUUUUUUUUUUUUUUUAGUAGCGGUUCCUACCAAAAAUAAAAACCGUAAAAAAAAUGAGUAAUGGGUAAUAUUCAUUAAACAGGGAGCUGUAUAAUGCCAAAAUAGGCUAUUUGAAAAAUAAAAUGGCUGUACUGGUGAUUUUGGUUUUAUUUGGAUUCUGCAAGUUUCCCUACCUUUUAAUAUAUAGCUCACUAUUUAAUGAAUAAAUGUCCUGUUGUGAUUCUGAUAUUGACAGGUCACGAAGCAUGAUAGGAGACUUAUUGUAGUACUUGAAAACCGGAAAGAGAUGUUCUAACAAGUUAUUGAUUAAUUUAAAGCACUAAAACUAUGGCCAGGUGUUCUGAAACCCCAGAUGUAUAGUAUUUGGUAGUAUGGUAUUGGGCAAAAUAUAAGAUAGUAAAUUAUAUUCAAAUAAGUCUGUAUAGAAGAAAAUACUUGUAAAUAUUUAUAAACAUAAGCGUUGUAUGUGGGUUUUGUAUGUGCGUUUGUAUAUAUAGGUAUUUGUGUGUGUGUGUGUAUGUGUAUAAUUUUAUACACACACGUAUAUACAAAUAUGAUACAUGUAAACAUCUGUAUAGAGCUAUGUGUUUGUGUUUAAAAUGCCUGUGUUUUGUUCCCAGAUUAAUAUAUUAAUUCUAAUUUAAGUCCCUCCGCCUGAAAUUCUUGUGUUGCAUUUGCACUAACAAUUUAUCUACUAGUUGUGCCAGAAUCAUUGUGACCGUAAAUAAACUGAAAUAUUUUCCCUCUUCGAACUCAAUAGAAACCCCAACUUACGGCCGAGCUUGUACCAUACAGAGUAUACAAAAACAUAUAUUAAAAAAUAAAAAAUAAACUCUGAGGAUGUGAUUGUAUGUUAAUAUUAGAACCUGUGAAUUUUUUUUUCCUACAAGUCACCCCUAAAUCUCUGAGCGUUUGUAGCGCUCAAUAUAAUCAUAUCAUUUUUGGAAGCCACGAUACUAUCACUAAAUAGGUCCCUAUUUGCACUUAUAGUACAUGGCUUCCGUAGGUUCUGUCGUUUCUGCCAUUUUAAUGCUCGCUCUUUAGAUUAAGCAGACUGUCUGUCCGAAUGCAAGAGAAGAUUGUACAAUAGGUGUUAAGACACGUUCCAUUUAUUACAUCAGAUUCAUAUUAAAUUCUGUAUUUUUACUGUUGCAUUUGCAGAUCUAAUAUUUCUAUCCACAUUAUUCUCAAAGAAGACAGACUUUUUUGAUUGUCUUUCUCUAUUAUUUAGCUUUUGAAUACAAGCCAUUGACUUGAUUGAGUGACGACUCUGCUAUAAUUCUUAAAUCAUGCUCACUGCAUGCUUUUAUCAUGGGCAUUAGGCAGGUGAAAGGUUUUUAUUUUAUUGUUGUUUUUUUUGUGCAGCAUAUCUUAAUUAUAUAAUUUCAUCUGUUGUAUCUGAUGGUACAGAAUUUAGUUUAUUUGAGGAAUGGCUGUGUUUUUUUGUUUUUUGUUUUUAAAGCGAGAAAAGUUAUAACUAUCAUAUAAAUAUAAUAAUUUUAUAUUUGUUAUACCUAAAUGACUUAAAUGUUAAGACAGCACAGUAAAGAUUGUAUAAGAAAAAUCUGAGCAGGUUUUAAACUCAUUGUCAUCUUGAA